CCCCCUUCCUCAGUUUCCAAUGUCUGCUAUCAUGAGUGGAAGUCCUCGUCCCGUUGUCUUCAUUGCUAGAGGAGUACCACCCUCGGGCGCAGCCCGCCUGAAGGAGGUGUGUGACGUCAUAGAGUGGGAGGGGCCGGGGCGUAUCCCACAGGACACGUUUGUUGAGAGGGUGGGGCAGUGUAAGCCUAACGCCGUGUUGAUUCACCCCCCAGAUCGAGUUGAUCGUCGAUUGUUGGACUCUGCAGGUCCGCAGCUGAAGGUGGUAGGCACGAUGUCCGUGGGUCUUGAUCACGUUGAUCUGGAGGAGUGCCGGCGUCGUGGCGUGGCUGUUGGCUACACCCCCAACGUCCUUACGUCGGCGGUGGCGGAACACGCAGUCGGCCUCGUCCUGGGUGCUGCCAGAAAGUACAAACCAGGAAUGAGGGCUAUACAUAGCAGCGUGUGGGGGACGCGCUGGGACAACGCCCUCUGGAUGGCUGGGAAGGAGAUCGGGGGUUCUGUCGUGGGAAUAGUUGGGCUUGGCAGAAUUGGACUCGCUGUGGCAAAGCGGCUGAAGUCAUUUGACCCUGCCCGUAUCAUCUACUGUGGAAGCGGUCCAAAGAAUGAUGCCAAGCAGGUUGCUGCCGAGUUCGUACCAUUUGACGAGCUCCUCAAACACGCAGAUUUCGUUAUUGCAACUUGCUCUAUCAACGAGGGAAAUAAAGGUCUUUUCAACAAGGGCGUUUUUGACAAGAUGAAGACAUCAUCCAUACUUGUGAACGUUUCUCGCGGGGUCUUAGUAAACCAGGAGGACCUCCACGAGGCGCUGACCAAUGGGGUCAUUGGUGGUGCUGCCCUUGACGUCACUUCCCCCGAGCCACUUCCGGCGGACCACCCCCUGCUGAGUCUUGAUAACUGCCUUGUGAUUCCCCAUCUGGGCAGCGCUACAGACACCACAAGAAACCGGAUGUGUAAUCUCACUGUCAGCAAUAUCCUAGCUGGUUUGAAAGGAGAAACACUUCCGUCAUCGGCGUUAUAAGAAGAGUUGAGUACCGCAGUCUCAUCACCACAUGGCGCCCUCUAUAUUCAGUGGUCAAUACGUUUAAUAAACACCGAAGAAUCAUAUGACAUUAUUGGUGACACCAAAGAUCAGUGACUAUCGUAAACGUACCAGCAUAUUGUAAAUACAGAUAGGAUGGACGUGUUGAGAACAAGCCUAAAGAAACGCCUUAACUGUAAUUUGGAAUAAAACGACAACAGUAAAAUA